CCGCCUUACCGCUGCCGAUGACGGAGACCGACGGCGCCGGCUGCCGCCAUGGCGGCCCGCGUGCUGAUGGCGCCGCGCAGACUGACGCCAUUUAACAGACUGCAAGUAAUAUUACAGCAUUUGAAAAGAUGUGAGCAUACCGAUUCUGAAGCUGAUGUUCUGUUGCAAAAGAAAGGAGGCGCAGGAAUAAUAACUUUGAACAGACCCAAGGUUCUCAAUGCACUAAGUUUGAGAAUGAUCCAACAAAUUUAUCCACAAAUAAAGGCUUGGGAGCAAGAUCCUGAGACUUUUCUAAUAAUUAUAAAGGGAACUGGAGAAAAAGCUUUUUGUGCUGGCGGUGACGUUAGAGCUAUUGCAGAUGCAGGAAAAGCUGGAGAUAGAAUGACACAAGAUUACUUCAGAGAAGAAUAUACACUGAACAAUGCCGUUGGCACUUGCAAGAAGCCAUACGUUGCACUUAUUGAUGGCAUUACAAUGGGAGGGGGAGUUGGCCUCUCAGUCCAUGGACAUUUCCGAGUUGCGACUGAAAGGACAGUUUUUGCAAUGCCAGAAACAGCAAUAGGCCUUUUCCCUGAUGUAGGUGGAGGUUAUUUCUUGCCAAGGCUUUCAGGAAAGAUCGGCUAUCUCCUCGCACUGACAGGAUUCAGGCUGAAAGGAAGAGAUGUGCUAAAAGCCGGCAUCGCCACGCAUUUUGUAGAAUCAGAAAAGCUACCUGACUUAGAGAAAGACCUGAUAGCAUUGAAAUCUCCUUCAAAAGAAAAUAUUGCAGACUUGCUGAACUCCUACCACAUGCAGACCAAAAUUGACCAAGAAAAGGAGUUUGUCCUUGAUGAGCAUAUGGAGAAGAUUAACAGUAUUUUUUCAGCAAAGAGCAUGGAAGAAAUUGUUCAAAAGUUAAAGCAAGAUGGUUCUCCUUUUGCCAUGAAGCAACUAGAGACUAUCAAUAAGAUGUCGCCUACAUCCCUGAAGCUGGCUCUCAGACAACUCAGAGAAGGUGCUUCCUUGAGUUUACAAGACGUGUUCACAAUGGAGUACAGACUGAGCCAGGCGUGCAUGAGAGGCCAUGACUUCUAUGAAGGGGUUCGAGCAGUGCUGAUUGACAAGGACCAGUCCCCCCGCUGGAAGCCUGCUGCUCUGGAAGAAGUCAGCGAUGAAUUCGUGGACAAUUGUUUCAAGCCUCUGGGAAACAACGAUCUCAAGCUGUAGAGAUCACAUCUGUUGACAUCUUACCCAUUUGCUUCAUUUUAUGGUAUAAAAGCUAAGAACAGCAUGACAAAGUAUGACGAAGCUCUUAGCCAGCCUGACUUGUAACUAUUUUUCACAUUCAGUACCAUUCUCUUUUGUUAUGCAGCUGUAACGACAACAUGAUUACAUCUCUGGUUAAUAAGGGGAAAAAUGACUUGAAGGCAAAUAGUUAUUCUGACUGCUGUUAGACAAUGAUUAAUGUUCAGCUUUGGGCCUCAGCCAUUGAGGGGAAUCUUGCAGGGAGACAGCACGGCUCAGGGAUGGGCUGCAGAGCAGGAGCUGAGGAGCCCAUGGUAUUCGUGGCUCUGUUGCUGGGCUGUUGAAGCAGGAUUGGGCCUCUGAUUCUUCUGUUUGCAAUGAAAUUAAUAUACUUAAAUAUUAAAACAGUCAGAGCUAUGAAGUUAAACGCCAGACAUGCUAAUUUCAUGGUGUUAAGUGGUCUUUUAAAUCAAAGGUCAGACUGACGUAUGAUUAUUAGUCUGAGAGCAAGGAAUUAUUCUAUUGAUCUAACAUUUGGUCUGUGUACAACAUUGCCACGUGAUGCAGACGUUGUUUCAAAUGUCAUAAUAGUGUCAGAGCCUCGAGCACAUUUCUUUCCUCUUCUAAAAUCUAUUUUGUAAAAAUGCCAUUGAUUGAAUUGCAUAAUGAGCUUCUCACGAUUUCAAGCAUUGUUGGAGCUUUUCCUGCUCUCCCAGUGGCAAAGAAGUCACUGUCUCCAGCCUCCUCUGCCUGCCAAGGAGCACGUUGGCUGCUGGUGGUCCAGUGAUUCCAAAGGCAGCGGCCCUGAUGCUCACGUGGCUGCAGUGUGGCUGCACCACGCCGGCUGGCUUCAUUUCUCCUUGUGCCCAGCAGCAUCCUGAGCUGGAGCCAUCCCUGACUGCUGGGUGGGAAACUUGGGACAGGUAGGAGGGAUGCAGCAGGAUGUACUGGUGAUACAGAACAGUGGCAAACAGAAUGCCUGCUGCUACACAGACUCUGAAGUUCUUGUACAGAACAAAUCCUCACAAGUGUGUCUGUGGGGAUCAGCAUUUAAACAUCCAUCAAAAAAACACCCAGUGUUCAUUAAAGGUCACUGAAUUCUGUUGCUAACAGUAUUUAAAGUUCUGUGAUACAACCAGAGCCCCUUGAUACUACUACCAACUCUAGGGAGGGGGCAAGACUUAUUUUUCUAUUGUGCAUGCAAAGCACAGCUACAGAUCUUUGUUUGGUAUGAAGGCUGCACACUUUUAUAUACUCAAGCAAAUUGUACGUCAGUACCUCUUCUGACUUGUUUCCACAGUUGGAGACAGGUUACAAAUGCACAAUUUGGGAAGAGGAACCACUGACAUUAAGGAAAGAACACUUCUGCUCAGUACCAUCAGUUGUCAGCACUGGGAAUUAAAAUCAGAGCCAUGGAAUGGUUACAGAGCUCCCAGCGUUUGGCAGCUUCUGUUACCAGCAGCAUUGGUGGGUGCUGGCUGAGGGCUCUUUCCUUCCUAAUGCUGUUGCCUGGAAACAAAGUUCAGGAAAUUCGAGCAUCAAGGUGAACUGCUAAAUUGACUUUCAGAGAAUUAAAGGUGAGCAAAAUGAAGAAAAAUGGCACUUUGCUUUGUCACUAGAACCUGGAAAGUAAAAUUAGGAACGUUUCAGCUGCCAUGUAACAUUAACUCUGUACAUAUUUACAAGAGAGACCCUGGGUUUAUUAUUAAAAGUGACUGAGAGGCUUUGUUAACACCUUCCGGAUAACUUCUAAAAUAUGACUCAUAUUCCUCACUCACUGGUGCUGUAAGAAAUGCAGACCUUCCUCUUGUUUUAAAAUUGUGUUCUAGAUCCUUCAACAACAGCUAUUCUUCAUUUCAGAAAGAACUGGUCCAUUCCAUUAUUCCUGUACAAACGCUACAACUGUCAGCUGCUGCAUUCACGGCAUAACACAGCGAUCCCCGUGAUGCAGGGAUUGUCCCUUCUGUGCCUGAGAGGCACCUGCAGUAUUUUAGCUGCUGCUGAGCCAGGAAACAGUGACGUGCAUGUCUGUGAGCUUCCGAACUUGGUGUGAAUCAUCUGCAGCUCACAAUAACAAGACCCUCCAACUUGUGCCUUUUUACCAAAUAAAAGUCGUAUAAACAGA